AUGGGAAACAUCCUCUCGUGCUUCCCCUUGUUCCCCGCUUUCGCUCCCUUCACCCUCUCUCACCGCCCCAAGCCGACCCUCCGCGAGCUCGUCGCCAACCCUGAGACCUGCCCCGGCGUGCACGGGAUCAACCACGCGCACACCCACACGGAGGGCCACCACUCGGUCAGCAGCCUGAGGUGCUGCUGCAAGGACCUCCCGGCUCACCUCGACUUCGACGACGCCCCCGUCGGCGCCGGGGUGCAGUGGGACUUCCUCCUCCGCCGCUCCCCGACUCGCCCCAACCGCGACACUUUCGAAUACCAGGCCUCCCAGUACACCACCUACGAGCCCAAGGACGAGGGCACUAUCCGAGCCGAAGACCACUACCAGGAAAUCUUCGAGGUCCACCGCUCGGCGUUGUACAGUCACCUCCUGGAGCACCGGUUGACCUGUACGGCACACCGUGUUCACCAGGAAGGGAGUCUGGAGGGGGGAGGGGUCUCGACCGAAGAGGGCUACACGGGGAGGGACGGGGGAGAGUCGGAGGUGGCAGAGCACGAUCCCGAGUACUGGGACACGGCCAUCGUCGUCGCUGGCGGACCCCGGAGGCGAGUCAUGCUCACCCGGAGGCCUCCGGGGGGGUUCCAACCACGGCACGGUGCAGAGUACUGGUAG